AUGCUCGCAAUUCGUCAGCUUCAGCUUUCUAUCCUGAAACAAUCACCGGAAACGGUUGAGAAAAUAAGAAAGAUGUUGGAUAGUUCUGAGUUUGGGAGCUUUGACUUGGACGAUAAGAUGGUUGCAAAGCCAUCGUCCAACGGGGGUGUGAGUUCUCAAACGUCACUUAAUCUUGUAGCGGCGAAGGCUCGUCCCCUUCAAGGAGGAGUACAUUCAAUCGACCUGGCGCUGAUCGAUAAGAAGGUCCCGCUGACCUCGGCACCGGCUGCGAUGCAGAGGCCGCGGGCCAAUUUGCUGGUGGACACGAUGGGUGACAAGCUAGUGGAAACAGCUACAGCACCAUCAUCGAGAUGA